UAUGUAGGGUGCGAACUAAUUAAUUUUUUAAUUGGACCUUAUCUUCAUUUCAAAAAAAAUUGCAUAUUUGAAACGAUUUCAUUAUGAUCUACUAAAUGUGGUGUCUACAACUGCUAAGCCUGCAAGGCCCAAUUUCUCUAGUUUUGCUUUUUUGCGCAUCCAUCAAUGUCCUUGUAAGUGCAUUUAUUCUAGUUGGACUGCACCUUAUACGAAAUGGAUCUCUUUUUUUCAAUCUAAUGUACCCGAAUGUAGAAAAUAGCAAUUUGUUUAGGUGGUUGAAGUAAUAGAAGUGCGCAAUAGUUAGCAGUUGUUAUUAAAGUGUAUUGUACCGUGUUAAGAAAUCAAGAGAAUUUUAGCCUGGACUUUGUAGUCUAGCGAUAUUUGGAACCUAGUGUUGUUGAAGUUUGAAACCCUAGCUUGAUGGGUGGAUGACCCUGAACGUGGAUGGAGCCUCCAACGAGAAUCCUGGGUCAGCCGGAGCAGGGGGAGCCCUCCGCAACUCGACUGGGCGAUGGAUUGUCGGUUUUGCAGCGAGACUUGGCGUGGCGACAACAACAUAGCGGAACUUUGGGCCAUCUUUCAUGGACUAGACCUGGCGUGGAAGACAGGAUGUCGAGCUCUCAUCCUUGAAUCUGAUUCCCAGCUUGCCAUUCAGCUUCUCAAGAACAGACAUGACCCUGUGCACCCGUAUGCGACCCUUCUGUCAGCUAUUCGGAGGAAGAUCAGUCAAGAUUGGCUGGUGCGCAUCACUCAUACAUACCGGGAAGGGAAUAGAGUCGCGAACUGGCUCUCGAAGCAUAGUCUCGUCUAUCCCUACGGUAUGUACGAGUUUGCAAACCCGCCUACCGGACUUGUUUCGAUCCUCCAAGAGUAUGCGAUGGGUGUUUCAUUUAAGCGCAGGAUAGUGGCGCAUGCUCCUCUUACUAUGUAAUCUCCUUUGGUAACCUCUCCUUCUUGGCUUUGGCCUCGGCCUCCUUUAAUGCAAAAAAGGGGUUAAUUGUAUGGUUGGUCACUGAGAUUACAAAAAACGUUCAAGCUUGGUCACUCGAAAUAUUUAAAUCCAUUGGUGGUACUUCUGUUUACUGAAACCGUUCACAUUUGGUCACUCUCCGUCCAACUGCGUUAACUUUGGCUGAUGUGGCAGUCAACUCUCAAUGUUGACCGUUAACUUAGUGACGUGACAAUUAAGAAUAAUAAAUAAAAUAAAAUUUAAUCUAUUAAAUGUCCAACUCAUUUUUACCAUAAAAUAAAUAAAUAAAAUAAAAAUUUAUUUUAAUUAUCAAAUUGAAAGGACUCCGAAACCUCACCAUCUCCUGCUGCUUGCCGCCAUUCAAUCAACCAAGCAGUUGCACCGACAACACGGGAGUUCGCCAAUCAAGCUGAAUUGAAUGCAACAGUCGCCUACUCGUCACAAAUACACCACUAGAUAGCUAGCAGUGAAACUCCAUGAACAAACCAGCAACGCUAAAUGAACAAAUGGAAACUGACGAGAGGAGGGAACCUAAUCAAGACUCUGCUCAGCAGCCUUCCGCUGUUCCUGAUUGGGACUGAGAGCAGCUUGGAGGACGGCGGCAAGUGUCGGGACAUCCAUGGUCGGAGGGGGAACUGAAUUCCGACGCUGAGCAAUCGGGAUUCCAGCAACGAUCACCAAUCCUAAACCCUAGCUGGAGGUGGCGACGGAGGCGGGGAGCAAGCAAGGCUGGCGACAGUGAGAGAGAUGGAGGCGGACAGAAACAGCUAGCGGAGGAGAUGGUGAGGUUUCUGAGCCCUUUCAAUUUGAUAAUUAUUAUAAUUUUUUAUUUUAUUUUAUGGUAAAAAUGAGUUGGCCAUUAAAAUAUAUUAAAUUUUAAUUUAUUUAUUAUUUCUUAAUUGUCAUGUCAUUAAGUUAACGGUCAACUUUGAGAGUUGACUGCCAUAUCAGCCGAAGUUAACGAAGUUGGACGGAGAGUGACCAAACAUGAAAGGUUUCAAUAAACUGAAGUAUCACUAAUGAAUUUAAAUAUUUCAA